CCGCGUUGGCGCUGGGGACCGGGCACCCGUAGCCUGGAUGCAGCGGGGUGGGGGUGUCAGGGGAGGCCUGUGGAGCAUCUCGUUCCCCCACAGCCCACAGCCCCAGGUCCUCAGCCCAUCUGGGAUCCAGCGAAAGCAGCUGCUGCUGCCCAGACCACCGGCGACCGAGCAGGCCCUGGAAAGCGCAGGGCCUCUCCCACCCAGGAUGGCCUGGGAGGUCAUCCCCUCCAGGAGGCCCCCGUCGCCAUCCUGGGACCCCAGCUACCAGGCCCACGCAAGACCUCCGCUGCUGGGGGCCAGCUGUGGGGCAGGGGCUUCCUUCUCUGGACGGACACUGUAUCAUCCUACCUGGCCCAUGUAUGACACCUGGGGCAGGAGCCCCACCUCAGGGCAGCCCAGUGAGGAGCAGGCACGUGGGGAUGCAGGGCUCCCUGUGAUGUGCUACCAAGAUGUCUUCCUCUUGGACUCUCUGAUGCACUGUGGACAGCGUGUUCCCCUGUACCUGUCUAAGCCCCCUCAGCAGACAAAGGGCUCUCUGAAGCUGCUGCUCCCGCCCCCUGUCAUGUCCUCUUCUGUGUACCCCUCUACAUCCCAGGCCUUCUCCUCCACCUGGCUCACUGAGGCAGAGAUGAUCGCUCUCACCGGUCUGCUGCAGAUGAGCCAAGGGGCACCAGGACCCAGUUCCUUGGCAGCCCCUCCAACCUCCACCAGCUUCCCAGACCCUGUCUCUGACCACCCAGGCCCACGUGGUGGCCAGAGCUGUUCAGGAGGCACUGACCCCAGUCCUCCAGAUACCCACUGUCCAUAGCCCCUUGUAGACAGAAUGCACUGUCCUCUCCCCCAGGCUGUUUGUUGACAAUAAAUCAGAGUUGGAUUG